AUGCGUGAAAUGGGUUGCCAAGAGGGAGCAGCGCAUCCGAGUGAAAAUGGUCUGUUCAAAGAUUUGAGAAUAAAAAAUGCGAUGUUAAGUGUAGAUCGAGCAGAUUUCUGUCCGCAAAAUCCAUAUGAAGACCAUCCAGAAUCAAUUGGUUAUGGUGCGACUAUAAGUGCACCGCAUAUGCAUGCUUCUGCUCUGGAAAGAUUAAAAGAUCAUUUGCAAGAAGGUGAUACAGCACUAGAUGUUGGCUCAGGGUCUGGAUAUUUGACAACCUGUAUGGCAUUGAUGGUCGGAAGAACGGGCAAAGUCGUGGGAAUCGAUCAUGUGAAGGAGCUUGUCGAUCUUUCUAUUAAGAAUAUUGAGAAGAAUCACCCGGAACUAUUGUCAAGUGGCCGUAUUUUGAUGGUCGAGGGUGAUGGUCGGUUAGGUUAUCCACCAAGUGCACCGUACAAAGCCAUCCAUGUUGGUGCUGCCGCUCCGGAUUUUCCGAAGAAUUUGAUUGAUCAACUAGCGCGUGGUGGACGUAUGUUGAUACCUGUUGGGGCGGCUCGCAGCAACCAAAAGUUCGUGCAAGUUGAUAAAGAUGAAGAUGGUAGAGUGACGAAACGUGAGUUAAUGGGAGUGAUUUAUGUUCCAUUAACCAGUAAAGAAGAACAGUUGGGUAGAUAA